AUGGCCCAGCACACUGGCUUCAUCGGGAGGUGGCUGCACACGCCCCCCAAACACACAAGCGCCAGGGCACACACGCACGUCACGGACGCGGAAGUCCCGCAGAGGAGCCCCCGCCUCCCUGGGCGCGGGGCUCGGCGGCUCCCAGCAGGACCAGUGGAGGAGAACAGCCAGAGUGCGUCUCACAGCUGGCCGGCGGCCCAAUUCCGCACAUGCCCUCCAGAGCAGCGGGUGUGUUUGUCUUCAAAACCUGGGAUCGACGACUGCGCCCACCUCGCCGUUAGCCUCCGGCUCGGCAUCCAAGCACAGACACUUAUUAACCGAGCUGUCAUCCACUGCCCCCACCUCCUCAGAAAACAGAAGCUGCAAGGCCUCCUCCGGUCUCGUGAGGCCUUGGCCUGGAGUGACCGAGCGUCCCCCCACUCCGUGGACAGACUCAGCCCAAAGCCAGCAGAGGGGAAACACCACUGUGAGGAGUCGGCAGUGAGAGGGCUUGGGGUGAGAGGGCGGUCCUAUGAUGACCGGAGCGUCAGUUGGUGGUUUCAGCACCGCAGUGGAAUUCCGUGCUUGUCUUUAACAGCAGCAUCGCUGCCUCUGCUGCAGUGUCUCGGCUCAGCGCUGUUUACCUUAACACCUGUCAGGCCCCUGAGAGGGACAGGAGCCCGGGACUCGGGCUUGGCGGCCCGGCCCAGGCUCCAGGACUGUCACAACACGCUUCCCAGAAGUGCUGCUUCCUGGAGCCCAGCCGCCUACCUGUACCAGGUGCUUCCAAUUACCUGCUCCCACGCGCACGCCCUGCGAGCCACCCAAACCCACUCCUGGCUCAGUGGGGCCGCCACGAGCUGUGGGCUCGGGGCAGGAAGUGACUCCACACCCACGGCCACCUGCCAGCUGCCCCGGCUGCCCGUGGCUCCCUUGCAGAAGCCAGCCCUGACUUCCCUGUGA